AUGAACCACUGGGCGAGGCAAAGUGGACCAGGUGUCGCGGGCAACGAUGCGACACAGCCGAUCGCAGAUGAUCUAAUAUCGGAUGACGCUCUUAAACGGGGCGCUAACAUCUUCCUCCGGCCUGAAGAGCUCAAGAUUGUCAACUUUGUGGUUCGCGACGCUUCAACCCUUGCCAGACCCGACGUAGUCGAGCUUUUCACGCGGAUUUCGCAAGUUCCACAACACCUCCAUCGCACUACGUUCGAAAAGCUGCUACGAUCACUCCCGUUGACACUGUCGUCGAGCUGCCACUCAAAGGAGCUCGCCAACUUGAACCCGAAUGUGACUCCUGUCGAUUUGGCGCGCACCAGAAAGAGGCGUCAUGCAGGAGACUCAGAUGACGAUGACACUUCAGCAUUUGAAGAAGCUCUCAUUGGUGGAUCGGACACGAAUGUGACAUUUUCGCUGCGACCCGAGAUUCUCGAGCAAAGUGUGGCAAUCAGUCGUACCAACACACUCGGUGUGAGCAGCCGUCUGACAAGCGGCGUAGUAGCGAUGCAGCUUGUGCCAAACGACGAAAACGGCAAUUCGACCCCGAAAGCAGAUCGCCGGAAGCGACAUCCACUCACUGACUGCUCCAAUUCAAACUAA